AUGGCUCGGGGUGCUAAAGGCAAGGCCGCCAAGGCUCCGAAGCCUGUGAUUCCAACCAUUGACUGGAUUGGAAAUAACAACGCCCUUAUCUGGAAGCUCCUCAAUGAGAUUGAGAAGAAACAGAACUGCAGCGUGCUUUAUGGCUCUAAGAAAGUGCUUGAAGACAGCAAGAUCAAGGUGUACAAGCGCAUCAGCGAGGCCAUCCUUCCAGAAUGGUAUGCGCUCGAUCCGGAUGCAAUCGGAAACCGCAUGAAGAACAAGGCUGAAGACUUGUACGCACGGUACAAAAAGGAGAUCAAGAGGCUUCAGCAGACUGGAGGCGGGCUGGGUGGUAACGACGAUAGCCCAGACGAUCCGGAUGACGUGAACGAAUACCUCACUUGUUACAUUCCGAACACGGGGCCGGACAUAACGACAACUCAGGAAGCAUUGAAUGUCUGGGCUCCCUGCGGAAACUUCGGUGCGGGUGGGAAUGAAGACAACAUCGACCCUCAGCUUCGUUCCACAGUGACAACUCAAGCUGGUGCACCUCAGCCAGACGUCACUGAUGCCACCCACCAACGAUUACCCUUAGGCGACAUUUCCGUCGACAAUCGUGCUAUUCCUGAGGCCCCAACACCAGCCGUGACCCCCAGUGCCCCUCCCAUGACUCCAGCUCGACCACCACCUCAGUCCACCCCAGGAGGGAAAGAGAAUACUGCUCCUGUGACAGGAAAGAAGGGCCCAAAGGAAUCGUCAUUUGUCCUGGCUUCUAUAGUUGAGACCGCGAAGAGCUCGAUCAAGAAGAUUCCCCAAAAACGGAGCUUUGAAGAAACUCUGUGUGAGAUCUCGCAGUUCGUAUUCAUUUUGAUUGCUAUUCUCUAUUGCUCACCAUGGUUCAGGCAAAAUAUGGAGGCUGCAAAUAAUCGGGCAGCUGUUCUGAAUCAGCAAAACGAGCGCCGUCUGAGGCUUGAGGAACUCGAGCAGUGUAUCAAGCUCCACACCCUUGGGGUAUACUCUAAGGAGGAGCUUUUAAACCUGCUACGUGACCUUGAUGGUUCCCAGCCAGCACCAAAGAGGGUCUGUCCCCGAUCCCCCUCGCCUCGCUGGGACAUUGAGAAUGACGGCUUCGAGCUCAAUGAUUAG